GCGGCCGCCCAGCGCCAUGUCGGUGAACACGGACGAGCUGCGGCACCAGGUCAUGAUCAACCAGUUCGUGCUGGCCGCGGGCUGCGCGGCCGACCAGGCGCAGCAGCUGCUGCAAGCGGCCCACUGGCAGUUCGAGACCGCCCUAAGCACGUUCUUUCAAGAAAGCAACAUUCCCAACAGCCACCACCACCCGCAGAUGAUGUGUACUCCCAGCAACACCCCUGCCACACCACCCAACUUCCCUGAUGCGCUGGCCAUGUUCUCCAAGCUUCGAACCUCUGAGGGCCUGCAGAGCAGCAGCAGCCCCAUGACAGCUGUAGCCUGCUCCCCCCCUGCCAACUUCAGCCCCUUCUGGGCCGCAUCCCCACCCAACCACCAGGUGCCCUGGAUCCCGCCCUCUUCCCCCAACACCUUCCAUCUCCACUGCCCACAGCCCACGUGGCCCCCUGGAGCAUCACAGGGGGGCGCCCCUCAGAAAGCCAUGGCAGCUAUGGAUGGCCAGAGAUGAGACUGGACCCCGCUGGGCUGGAGCAGGGGGCAGUCCAGGGUUGUGGGGACACAGAGAGGGCAGGGAGGGGGGAAACAGAAGCGGGCGGGGGGGUUCUUCAAGAUCGCACUGGAAGAUUUUAUAAGAGAAUUUUUGUGGGUGGGGGGACAGCAAACGUCCUGAGCCACUUGGGUUCUUCAGGAGUUUCUCUCCAGGAAAGUUUUUUUUCCUCUUUUUAAUAUAUAACUAUAAUAUAUAUGAAUAUAAAUUUAGCUAAUGUUUGUGAGAGAGUGGGGCCUAUACACAUGUUCCAGUCAGAGGGCAAGGCUCACCUCUGCCCAGUUGUGGGGAACAAAGGGUGAUCGUAGAUGGAGUGAGCAUGCAGCUGGAUAGCCGUGCUACUCUGGGAAGGAGAAGGCACACCAGCCAUUGAGAAGCUCCACCCCCAAGGGAGGUGGUCCCAGAAGGGUCCUCAGAAUCAUGGACUUUCUACCCCAUUACUGGUAGACAAUUUUCAUCUCUGCUGGUGGUGGCCUCUUGUUGACUCUGAAACUUGUCACCCAAUCACCAGCAAGGUGUGCAGAACUGAAGACUUGGCUGCCCUCUGAUGAAUGGAUAUUUGAUUGUCCCAUCCCUUGCUGUUCCAGCUAUUCUGCGGGCCCCCAGUCUGUGUGUGUGUGUCCAGGGCCAGAGGGCCACCACUAAGGAGAAACUGCCUUGGAUUGAGUUCCCAAAUUAAAAUCAAUGCACCAGGGUGCAAUUUUAAUUUAAAAACUUAAAAGACUUUUCUAACUUC